GAGUUGCCCUAUCCAGUAUCCACACCGCACAUGCACAAUUAUUGAACGUGGUGAAACUGCUGCAUGCACGUCUGGCUUUGGCUUGCCAGUCAAACAUCACACUCGUGCUCACACAAAUCCACCCGCGCUCUUCACUUCCGUCGAUCAGCUGCAUGCGCGCUCAAGCCAUCUGAACUCUGACUAGUAUCUGAGCAUGGUCGAUCGUUCACGUAACUCGUUGUAUUGAAAAACUAAAGCCGACCAUCAGACAAGGCGCAUACGUCUUGUUAGUUUCAGAAGUAAUAGUAAUACUAAUACUAAUAGUAAUAGUCAGUGUAGUUGGUUACUUCGAGUGUAGACUGUAGUGGUAGCCCUUACCUUAGUCCUUGCCUUGGUCACAUCACUCAAAUGUCUGAUUGUGUUGAUGACACUUUGAUACUUUAAAUCUCGGGAUUAUAUUCCUGCUAUUUCAAACCGUCACGGUCUGAUAUCUGCAAGGUCUGGACCGCGCACCGCGAGAUUGGCGCUCGCUGAAUUUUGGAGCGCUUGUGAGGCGAACGGGCCCUUUCCGAAAUUUAAUUGGCGGAGGUCACACGAGGCAAAACAACCACUGCGACGUGGAGUGGUGAAGGAGAUGGUGGCUAUACCGCGUUCAUGUGCACGUCGCUGCAGUGGCGGUUGGCUAGCACAAGCACCAGUGUCAACAGCAUCGUGCUCUUGGACUUCGGCCAAACACCAUGGUGUGGCCGUAUUGGCCAUACUGGUGGUAGUGCUAGCACCGGUGAUACCUGCAACCUCUCACACUGAAGCAGCAGCAUGCAGGGAAACUGCAUCAGCAAGCUUUCCCUCACUGGAUAUUCUUAGGGAAGAUCUUUUCAACAAGAGUCAGCGCGGAUCUGUGUCACACCAGCAGUAUGUUGUUGCAGUGUUCGAUGCAAUGGAGGAAGCAAUGACGAAGUGCAAGAGCAAAAGCCUAACUGGGAACUUGGCAAACAACGUGAGUUAUGAAGGAAUUGACAUGGCCGUGUUCAUGGACGGCGCACAGGGCAGAUUUGCCAACGAGGAGCAACAGUUUGGUUUCAACAAUGCACGCACGCUGGUGAACCUUCUCGCUGCAGCACCACCACGUGCCGCCCAGAAGGGUGUAGGUGCAGCUAGGUCUGCAUACUGCCUUGAUGAGUCAUGUCCGACUGAGUCUCCUGGCGUGACUCCCUCGGCAACAGGUGAUGCUGCUAGCCCCGAAUCAGCUACGGCAAGUGGAUGUGAGUGCAAAGAUUGCAACAUCUGGUUCAACGAUAUCUUUCUGGACACUCUCCUGCAGAGCGCAGUGGAAAGUCAUGAGCGUAUUGUAGCAGCUGGAAUGUGCUGGAGGAACUCGCCGGAUUCUGCUGAUUGUCGAAAUGUGGCCAUUGUGAAUGAUUUCCCAGUAAAGCAGCGGCAGCAGAAUGUCGGCUUAUCGCUUUGCACCAAGCCCUGGUUGUGGGAGCAGCCAAUGAGGUCGUUCAAGAAUUUCACGUCUUACAGUACCAUUGCAAUUGAUGAUGAUGUGGAAUUGGUACCUAAAACUUGGUUAAACAACAGUAUAAUAACAGAUAAAGACAAAUACGCUGGUCUCAGCAUACCUCAGCUACCGAAUGAGAUGAUAUCAUGGAGUACAGUACAUGCACAGUGCAGGGACAAUGAUAGUCCACAGUGGGUGCACCUACUGACUAUUCCUCUUAUCGCCAAUUGUUCACAACGCUUGGCCUCGCUGGGCAUGUGCAACUCAACCAGAGAGCUUGACGAGGUGGUGAUGGUAGGUUCUUCCUGGAUUGCUGUGUCACUGAGCUCAUACAAUAUCAAUCAGUGUGCUGGUCCUACCCGCACUCCGCCGUCCGAUGUGUUUUACGGCUCAUCACUCUGCAACAAAGUCUAUACGUCAGCAAAUCAAACAUUGGAGUGCGUGGAUGUACGCAGUGCAUUUCAGGCAUACAGUUACAACUGCAUAUGCCCUGAGCGUACGUACUUUAGUCCAGCAGCCGCUGAAAAAGGGCUGUUAGAAAACCUCUCUCAACUGAGUUCUUACACUGGGAUACUGGUGAAAUCACUCGUGCUGGAUGGGAGCAAUCACGUGAAGGCUGUGUACAAUCGGUCAGCUUGCUUGAGCUGCCAACGUGGCUGCAUCUCCUGCAAUGACUCAACGCCGUGCCUGCGCAAGGACGACCUGCGUCUGCGCACGCCUCUGCUGCUGCUGACUCUGUUGGUGAUGGUCGGUGCUGUCGUGGUGGCCGCUGUGCUCUGGAAGUCCUGGGAUACACAGAUUGUAGUGUCGUCGGUGGGCCCCUAUCUCUUUGCCAUACUGCUCAGUGCAAUGCUGGCCUACCUGGAGGCAAUUGUCCUGUUCAGUGAGCUUAGCGACACCAUCUGCGCCAUUCAGCCAUGGCCCCGCCACAUGGGAUUCAUACUGAUCUUCGGCUUUCUAUUUGCCAAAGUGUGGCGUGUACAGGUCCUGGCUAGAAUGCCGCCAGGGAGUAUUUCACCUGGGCACCUGGACAAAACGAUCGUACUCUGCAUCAGCUGCUUGGCAUCGGUUAUGCUUGUGGUGCUUAUCAUCUGGACAGCAGUAGCGGCCCCGCACGUCACUAUUAAAACGGACGCUAAUGAAAAUAGCUAUGAACUAUGCACGGUGACUGAGUGGAGAUAUGCCAUACAUGGAGUGGAAGUACUCCUGCUUCUCUUGGCUUGCUUGGUGGCGCAACGGACACGUCGCCUUGUCUUGGAGUGGCCAGAGUUCAAGUUCAUCACAUUGCCAUUCCUGAACGCGGCCAUUAUCAAGAGUCUCAUUGCCAUCUUCUACUUCACUCUAAUGCCAGACAAGUAUGCAGAUUAUUUGUAUUUGCUGCAGUUUUUCGAGAUGCACUUCACCGUCACCUCACUGAUUGCGGUCCUAUGCGGACACAAGCUCUACUUCAUAAUCAGGCACAAAGAAGACCGAGACAUCGGUCCGACAGUCCCGCUGAAUACCCUCCCUGGUAACGCUCCUGGAAACUCUAUGGGGGUGGGGGAACAGUACAUGACGGAAAGCAGCACCUAUGGUGUCAUCAAUGGAAGCACUUGUGGUGCGGACAACCGCCGGGAGUCGGAGGCGGAGAUCCAGUCAAUCAGCGAUUUCCCGCAGCAGCAGCUCCAAAUUUACCACACCCAGCAAACUCAAGACUCUUCGCAGACCGAAGUAGUUCCAGGAAAGGUUUCUCUUCGCCAUGUUCUGUUGAGUUGCUUUUCAGGCUCCUUUGCAGAUGAGUUGGACACGCCACCUUCCACCGCUGGCAAUGGAGCCUCAGGUAGUGUGCCUAGUGGAUCAAAUCAGGGUUCCAGUGCAGAUGACUCGCCACACCCGUCACUGGCCAACGACGCACUCAUGGAUGGCUCUACAGCUGGCAAAGAUAGGGACCGUGCGGGAUCAGUGCAGUCCGGUGUUCAUUCUACCAGCGAGACAGAUGCGGCCAUCAACGCCAAAAAACGUCGCAGUCCAGCGUUUGUAAGGUUGCAAGGAGGCAUAUACGGAGGAGUUCCCGUGUCCAAGCCUGCAGCCAGAUCACCUUUAGUACCCCAGCACGUGCCUCCAGAACCAGUCCUCGCUCGGCACGAAACAUCAUUGUAAUGACACAUGGUCAUAGAAUUACCUUGGCAUCAUGCUAGAUGACACAGCAGCCUACCAGCACUUCAACUGCAAUCCUCGCCAACUUUAAAAUACUCUUUAAAGACGUUCAUCUUUUUGCAGCUAGUUUUGAAAACUUAGCCUGGCUGGAAGUGUUUUGCUUCUGGUGAAAUGCCAUGUAUAAUAAUAUCAAAUGUUCACCCUAUAGUGAUAAUAACCACUUCAAGUAGGGAAAAGGACAAACGCAACUGGAUUUGAAGUUCAUGCAACUAUAUGCUCUGUGCACUUGAUAGCUGUUGAGAAGCAUGGCUAAGAGAUAUGGAAGGUAUCCUUUGAAGAACUCUAUGCACAUUGUUAUCUACUUUAUAUUAGAGUUGUUAUUGGUGAAUAUGAACUCUUCUAUUACAUACAAUGAAUUGCUCACCACCAGUGAGCCUUGAUUGACUACAAAUCUUGUAAAUCUAUUGAAUAAAUAUCAAGCACCAUCUUUUAAAAUAAUGGCAGGCUGUAGAGACUGUGAUUGUGAA